GGCAAGAUUACACCUAGUUACCUCUGGCCGACUCCGUGCUGUUGAUUCAGUCGACCGUCUUCGAGAGUCCUCUCCACGGCAGCCGCAAUGGACGGAACACGGCCGUCAGCGCUGCCCCGCAAUCGUGGACCCUGGUUACAAUGUUUCGGUCCUCGAGACAUAAAAUCCUGCCGCAUCAGCUCGGACUCACCCGCAGCCUUAAAACAUGCUACCUGUUCCAAGUGACUUGCUUCUCUUGCCUGCCUGGUCACCAAGAAAAGGGAGAAUUGCGGCUGAGUGUUAGCCCCUUUCUUACUCGUUCUUUCGAGAAGAGUCCCUCGCGCGCCCAACCCAUUGCCGAGUUAAAAGGAUCGAGCGCCCUCUUUUUAAACCCAUAAUAAGCACCUCCCCGCCAUUGCUGCCCACCCACCGAGACACCGCCGUCAACACACACCCCCACCUCCUGGCGACAGCCUCCAAAAAAAAACAACCCAACACACAUCCAUAGCGCUCUGAAUAUCACCGUACAAAAAUGGCGUACAACAGACCGUACAACCCGGACGAGCUCCCCAGAUUCGCCGAGCCGGACCAAAAGCCCAAGUCUCCCUCACCCAACCCGCAGCCCGCAACGUCGCGCUACGAGAGCAAGCCGCCCCCGCCCCGGCCCGACUCGAGGCCAUCCGGGCCCGACCCGCGCUAUGGCGGCGGCAGCGGAAGCUAUGGCCCAGGCCCAGGCCCGAGCCCGCCGCCCACGGGAAGGCCGCCGCCUCAGCACCAGAUCCGCUCGCCCAUCUCCAGCCGCCCGCCCCCCAGCCCCGCCCCCGCCGAGAACCAGGGCGCCGACCCGACCCUGAGGCCGCUGUUUAGGGCCGUCGACAAGAGUGGCACCGGCCAGCUCUCAGAGAAAGAGCUCUCGACCGCGCUCGUCAACGGCGACUGGAGCCAUUUCGACCCGCACACGGUGCGCAUGAUGAUCCGCAUGUUCGACAGCGACCGGUCCGGCACCAUCGGCUUCGACGAGUUCUGCGGGCUCUGGUCCUUCCUGGCCAGCUGGCGCGCCCUGUUCGACCGCUUCGACGCGGACCGGUCGGGCAACAUCUCGCUCGACGAGUUCCGCAACGCCCUCGUCGCCUUCCGCUACCGCCUCUCGGACCGCUUCACCGAGCUGCUCUUCCGCACCUACGACAAGCGCGGCGAUGGCGUCAUGAGCUUCGACCUCUUCGUCCAGAGCUGCAUCUCGCUCAAGCGCAUGACUGACGUCUUCAAGCGCUACGACGACGACCGCGACGGCUACAUCACCCUGAGCUUCGAGGACUUUUUGACCGAGAUCCUGAAGCAGCUUAGAUAGAGACAAGGCUCGCCAUGUGCACGCACACGUCUGGAAAUGGGCGUGCUGGGCUAGGCAGCUCGACCAGCGAGGCGGGCGAGUCGGGUUCACCUACCUGACAGGGUAAUUGUAUUUUUAGUCCUAAGUGUUGGUUCUUUUUUUUUCGCAUUGAGAAGUCUCUUUUUUUUUUUUUUCCCCCGGCUGGCAUUAGCGGUUUCUUUGCUUCGUCGGCAAAAGAUCUCGGCCACGCAAGAUACAUUGAGCCUUUCGCUACCUAGACGUCUAACACAUCGGGAGGAAGAGAGGCAGAGAGGAAGGUUAAAGACUGAAGGGAUACCCCGUCCCCUGCGCUUAUUCGACACCAUCCUUUCUACAGAGGGUAACAUUGCUGGUGAAUUUCAAGCAUGAAGAAAGGUCUGGCGCUUUCGCAUGUUUCGCGCCCCGCGAGAGUAAAAAAAAACAUGCUUGUAGGAUCCAACCUUUCAUGCCCUGUGCAGAGGGUCUUGUUCGAAUUCUCAAGUGGUAUCAUCUAGACCCGAAAUCCGGGAGUCACACACUGUUCGCUAUACAUAAAAGCCCCUGGUUGCGGGGGGAAUCCUGAACGCCAAAGGAAAAGCAAGAAGAGGAAGAAUGUCUAACCUAAAAGUGGCAAAGGAGAGGAAGAAGAGAACGAAGCGUGCCGAAAGAAAAGUGGGAGAAUACAAAGAUGUAUGGUGAAAAAGAUAAAACAGAAGAAGGGGUACCGUAGAAUCUCAAUGCUCCAUAAGUGUGCCACAGCUCGCUCCGUCAUGCUCAACGGGUGCCCA